AUGUGUCGAGAGCAGAUGUGUGGUGCUACUAUCGCCAUCAUAGCGAGGUCGACAUUGCUGGAUUCUUUACAAAUUGAUGGCAACACUUCCACUCCUUCAGAAGGAUGUGCGAGCUCAGUUGAACCCUUAACACCUCCAGCUGCAGCUUCUGAACGUAAUAAGACUUUCAUAGAUUCCUGCGCCUUUUUGUCGAAGGUGCCAUAUGAGGAUCGUUACUCAUAUCGCAGCAUACAGAAUCAUUGGCAUAGUCACUACGAGAAACUGCCUGUCUCUGAAGAUCAGCUCUGUCCUGGCUACCUCUGGAGUGGAGAGUUGCCUCCUCGUAAUUACAGCAAUCCAACAUUUUCAAGUAAAAUAUUUAUUGGUGGAGUGCCAUGGGACAUCACAGAGACAGCACUUAUCGACGCUUUUUCACCAUACGGUAAUUGCCGAGUUGAGUGGCCCUGUAAGGAGGUGCGUUCCUCACGUUCAAAUGCUAAGACUCGUGGCAAGGUUACUGGUUAUGUGUAUAUGGUGUUUGAGACUGAAAGGUCGACUUUAUUCUCUAUAUUUUGGACGUUCCAGGUACAAGUGAUCCCAUGGGUGGUGUCCGACUCUUGCUAUAACGAUGAUCCGAAUUGUCAUUUGGACCCAAAAAAGACGGUGUUCGUUGGCGCUUUACACGGAAUGUUGACGGCACAUGUACUAUUUUCAAUUAUGAACGAAUUGUAUGGAAAUGUGGUAUUUGUUGGGAUCGACACAGACAAAUAUAAGUACCCAAUUGGUAGCGGUAGAGUUACUUUCCGAUCACAUGCUUCCUAUUUCCGUGCAAUAGAAUCGGCGUUUCUCGAGAUACGAACCAGCAAAUUUAGUAAAAGAGUGCAGAUUGACCCAUUUCUUGAAGAUUCAUGGUGCAUGGUCUGUGGCGAAAACCAAGGACCAUACUUCUGCCGCGACCGCACCUGUUUCCGUUAUUACUGUGGGCCAUGCUGGCAGGUACAGUAG